UCGGAAAGAAACCCUACGCAAGGCUCGCUCAGCGAUUACUAGUUGUCGAAUGCGCGGCAGGGGAAUUUCUUUAAGAUGUGUAAGGUUGGUAAGCAUACGACGUAGCAAGGCAUUCUUUAAGCAAGGUAUUACCUGCUCGAGACCACAUUCAGCUGACUGUCGUAAAGAAGUGCGCCGUGGCAUCUAGAGCGGCAACCAUGUCAUCUUUGGUGCUCAACAGGAUACUUCCCAAUGCCUCCAAGUGGUUCGAUGUAAACGUAACAUCUAUCGCGGUGACUUCAGUUGUUCUCCUGGUGCUUCUGUGCGCGAAAACCGCGUUCCAACAUUUAAGGGCAUACUGGUAUCUACGAAAAGUGCCGCGACCAUUGGGUCAAUGGUCCUUCAAGACGCUCUACCAAAUGUGGAAGGCGACGUCCAAAAUAGAGGGCGACCUCACGGAUUCUGCGAAAUCGUUCAUCUAUUUCAAAGCAAUGUGUCAGCGUGCCAUGAGUGAAGACAUGGCUGUGAUCUAUUUCGGUACCACCCCUAUUCUUCUGGGCUGGUCACCUGAAACAGCAGAGGGAAUAUUGUCGAAACUCGAUAACCAGAACAAGCCCUUUCUGUACAACUUCAUGAAGCCUUGGAACGGAGAUGGCGUGCUAACAAUGCACACCACCCUGUGGAGGGCACGAAGAAAGGCGUUCACGCCCGCUUUCCAUUUCAAGAUACUCGAUGACUACAACCCGGUCAUGAAUCGACGCUCUGCAGAGCUGGUGCAGAAACUUGCGGGCUACGGUGAUGAAUUCGUCGACCUCCUUCCAGUCAUGCGAAAAGCGGGAUUCGGGAUAUAUUUCGAAACUGCCAUCGGCUUGAACGUAAACGAAGAGGAGGAUAUGAAGCGCCAUGACCUUCUCAAAGGAAUGGAAGUCAUCGGAAUCGGGAUCGCACAACGGCUGUUAAAUCUGCUCAUGUGGUCGGAUGCGACGUACAAACUUCACAAGUGCUCGAGAGCUUUUUAUCACUACGCCAACAAGAUUCGAAGCUACAAUGCAGGCGUUAUGCGCAAGAAACUAGCCGAGUAUGAGUCAUCAGGAGGAGAGAACAACAAGACCAACAGCUUUAUAGAUAUCCUGCUCAGGAUGUUUAAAGAAGGCAACCUGCAAGAAGUGGACGUUAUUGAUGAAAUCGUUGCUUCUUAUGUUGGGGGAUACGAAGCGACAUCGCUAUCCAUGACAUACGCGUUGCAUCUCCUGGGUUCACAUCCCGAGGUGCAAAGAAAGGUCCACGAAGAACUAGAUUCCGUCUUUGGGGACGAUAGGGAACGUCCAGUUACAAAGGAAGACGCGAAAGAACUGAGGUAUUUGGAGUGCGUUAUCAAGGAAGCUAUGAGACUCUUCCCGCCAUUGCCAUCGUUCGCCAGGGAUUUUCGAGCGGAUACCAACAUCGGUGGCCACACCAUUCCCAAGGGUACAGUCGGCCUGGUCCUGCUUUACUUCCUGCACCGCAAUCCAAAGGUGUACGAAAGGCCAACCGAAUUCAUCCCUGAACGGUUCCUAGACGCAAGUAUCAAGUACCACCCGUUCUCGUUCCUUCCCUUCGCGGGAGGACAGAGGAACUGCAUUGGGCAAGCCUACGCGAGGGCCGAAGAGAGGAUAGUGCUCGCCCAAAUCCUUCGUAACUUUCAUGUUUUCACCGAAGUGCCAACUGAAGACAUCAGACUCGACAUGGAAUUAAUGCUUCGGCCAUUGGAUAAGCUUCUUGUCAAGUUUAUUCCUCGUGACGUACCAACAUAGCUGUCUUAAAUUUUUUCACCCAAGUGUUCCGCAUCGAGUAUAUUCGCAGCGAGUGAUACGGGCAACAAGCAGGAGAAAGACUGGAAUGGACAAGCUCGUGUUCUCCAUACUGCAAAAAAGCCUGAGUUUGGGCACACAUUCUCCCAUCUGCUCCGUGCUUGUUUCACCCAGUAUGAAUCGUCAUCAAAUACCUCGCCUUUCCUUGCACUUCAGUGGUGCCAUUGAUGAUCUGCGAUUGUACAGGGUGCCUUUUCUUCAUUUUUUUUCAUUCUUUGCAUAUUUUUUUAUAAAAAAAGCUAUGAGAGCAGCAUGGAUGCCGCUUUUGCAGUUGAGUUAUGCGGCCAGGCGGAGAUCCUCUCUGAGGUGGUAUGUAACUACACGACGACGAAUUACCUAAAACUCAUUUAUUAAGUCUUCAAUCGGGGGAUUUCGGGCAAAAGCGAGAUGGCAGAAUGGAGGAGGCAAUUCUCGUCGAAAGCCAUCUUAUUUUUUUAAAAAUUCCUGAAACGUGCACGUGCGUUGAAAUAUCCAUAGCCGAAUUUUGGUAAGCAGAUGAACCGAAACCGAGACGUCGCCGAUGAGGUGCGCAGGGAGGGCAUCGCCCAUUCCAAGUCAGAGGGCCGCGCGUGCUUUGGAGCGAUGGUGAUAAUUGGAGUAGAUGCUGAUUGGCUGUCUCAAAGACCAAUGGCUUUGCGGCUCAGAUAAUCCACCGACGACGGAGGUCAGCGCUUCUGACGCGCGCAGUUUUCGUUUCGGCUCAUUUGCAUAGAGAAAUUCCGCGAUGCGUCUUUCACUGCACGCGCUCGCUUCAAUGAUGUUUAAAAGGUGGAAUGGCUUUCAAGGGUGAUUACCUCCCAAUCUGCUUUCUCGCUUUUGUCAGAAAUCCCCUAAUUAAUGAAUUUUUGGUACUUGGUACAUGCUUUGUCGGUAAUACUUUCUUACUUGGUGUACAUACUUCCUUCGAGAGGAUGUCCGACUGUCCGUGUAACCCAACUGCAAAAACGAUAUCUAUGCUGCUCACGUAGCUUUUUUACAAAGGAAAAAAAUCUAUCCGAUGUAUAUAUGUAUUUAUUGCCAUGUAUAUAUGUAUUUAUGACACGCAUACAAUUGAACAUACAUGUGUGCAAUAAGGGGAUAUAAGACGACUUAUUCCCUUUUCAAUGUUUCCUGCUGCGACGACAUCUAAAUAUCAGUAGAUACUUGCUAAUGAAAAUUUAGGACCGUAUAGCACUUUAUUGACCUGCUACAGGAGGGCAAAAAAGCGGGAGUGGGAAAUAAUGGCAAUGUUUUGUAUUAUAAUGCUAUAGUACUUAUGAGUAUGUGUCCUUUCCCAACGCGCAAUAGGACAGUGUACCGCCUCGGCGGCGGUGAAUCGCCCACCCCAUCAUCAUCCCAUGUAUGUGUGUGUGAGUGUGUGUGUGUGUUGAGUAUUUGUAUUACGAAUUAUGAUACUGAUUAUCUGAACGUAUUUGUAUCUGUAUUAUAACGCAGAAUGUCGAGGCAUAACUUCUAUUAUAGUACUCUUGAAGGUGCACUACUUUCCCACAAUAGUCCGUCCUACCUACAGAGUGCCACUCAGUCGUGCACUUUAUCAAUAAAUUUUCGUGUCCCACAAACCUAUAGACACAAACAAGGCCCUGCCCCAUUCCCCUGGCCCAAAUUAUCUCAAAGGGAGUCACUUCAGGGCCAGAAGUUACUAGAGGCUUUCCCGCAUUUCUUCUAGUUCAGCAUCCCUAAGGACGAGUCGUCCCAUUUACAAGGCUUUUAUCGUCUGAAAGAGUGCGUCCGGUCCAGACCGCUUGCACCAUAGACGGCCCACUUUUUUAUCGCAGGGCCGACUUAACGAAACCAAGACUCUACCACGCUGAGAGCGAGGUGUUCACUGUGAUCGAAAUUGAUCAGCGCUAUUUCAUCAGAUCAGCGAGGCUGUUCACAUUUGCCAGCCUCCUUCUGAGACUGGCAUGCAGUAGCGAACUACCCCCUUUGAGAACAUGUUAUAAUGUAAAUACCUGAAAUAAAACGUGAUUGGAGAAUGACUCUCUCUCUAAGUAAUGCACAAAUUGUAUAUAUUUCUGCUUUUUCCGUUCUUGAGGACCACCCUAAGUUAUGUAUCAAUUAUCAAUGUCAAUCAAUUAUAAAAAAAAAAGAAUAACGGAUAAGUCACACUCACGAACUUUGUUCCUUUUCCACAGCGAGUCCCUCACCCAAAACGAUGCUAACAGGACAUCUUUCAUUGGCGUUAUUCGAUGAGUACAGAUCACGAGAAAAGUUUACGGGACACGGCAGCGAGGUAAUAUAUCGUCAUCGGAGAGAUACCCUUGAAGCAAACAGGAGCGGAUACACUUACAGACAGGUGACUGAGUAUUCAAUGAGCCUCUCAGUAAGUGUGCAUCUCUCGUUCGCCGCUAGGGUGUCGCUCCGAUCGAGAAAUACGUCGCCCCAAGUGUUACCAAAUGUUUACUAGAAGUUUUCUCGGUUUGGGGUUUGUCCGACUUGUCCCCUUAUUGCCAAUAAGGGGGCCACUAAGGGAAUCCAAUAAGCUAUUGGAUACAGAGUUUCAAUUAUGUACGGAAAGUCCUGCACAUGUCAACUCAAACUAAUAAAUAUGUGAUUAGUGGCGA